CACCAGGCACCAGCCCUCUUUGUGUUGGACCAGUGCAGCUGGUAGAAUGCUCUGCAGUGGGACAGCUAUGUACUGGUAGCCAGGCAUGUGUGUGUGUGUUUAAAUUGGCGUGCACGCAACCUGUGGUCACUGGAGAGGAGAACGAACUCCUGGAAGAAGCAAUGAGCAUGGAGGGAAGACCCAACCCUGGAGCCCCUGCUGAGGAGAAGGGAGGCUGUCCCCGGCUGAGCCCCUGGGCUGUUCUGAUUCCUGCCCUGAUCUUCAAGGCCUGUAUCACAUGUGGCUGCCUUGUUAUCCUCCAUAAACAAAGCCGUGAAGCUCACAGGACACUACCUGAGACUUUCCCAGAGUGGCACUGUGCUCAGGGGAUGCCUGGGAGCAAAGAGCUGGUUUGGACAUGCUGCCCGAUGGGCUGGAAGGCCUUUCAAACCAGCUGCUACUACUUCUCCAGUGAUGUUAUGUCCUGGGAUGACAGUGAGAAGAACUGCACAGCGAUGGGCUCCCACCUGGUGGUGAUCAACACCAAAGCUGAGCAGGAUUUCCUGCUCAAGUGGGUAAAAGAAAUGCUUGCAGACUUGCCAGUAAAGAUGUACUAUAUUGGUCUGACUGCCCAGGAAGUGGAGGGCCAGUGGUGCUGGGUGGAUCAGACCCCGUAUAACAAGAAUGAAGCGUUCUGGAAACCUGGGGAGCCCAGUGAUCCCAUACUGGAGCCAUGCACUGCCCUCCAGGUGAAUUCAAAAAAACAAGCGAGAGAAAACUGGAAUGACCUUGCAUGUUUCACUGAUUUGUAUCGAAUUUGUGAGUCUGCACCAACAUGUAUUUAAGGAAAGACCCCGCCAUGCAGGAGGGGAGGCCAGAGAGGGCCUGUUCUGUGCUGCAGACUGCUCCCGGAGACUUCUGAUGGUGGGUGAAGGGCAGGAAGAGGGUUCCUGCAAGAAGUGCUCUGAGCUCACCAAUAAAGUCAUU